CAGUCAUCAGGUAUCAUCAUUCUUACUGAGGUAUCGAACGACACCAAACACGACAACAGGGAAGGCCCCAGCGGAGCUGAUGUUGAAGCAAGAAUUGAGGACUAGACUAACUCUUUUACGACCUGAAACAGGGAACAACAUCCGAGAUCUGCGGACUGAUCAAUAUGAAGAUGCUGCCUUUCGAGCAAGAGACCUCGAACCAGAAUCAACUGUAAGUGUCUGGAACUCGAGACAAGACAGUAGAGGGAAGUGGUUAGGUGGUACCAUAGUUCAGAAACUGGGUCCCGCUGACUACUUGGUCAAUGUUGGAGGAAGUAAUAGAUAUGUACAUGUGGACCAACUAAGACCCAGAGAUGAGAGGAGUAUGCCACAAGUGGCAGAGACAGAAGAAACACCAAUUUCAGUGGCCCUGGAUCAAAAUACACAGCGAGAUAAAGCAGCAGUUGAAGAGAACACAACAGCUGAACCAGGUGAAUCAAGCCAGGAGAUACCAACGACAGCAACAGCACAGUUAUCACCCUGAGCAGAAAGAAGAUAUGCGGCGAGAUCCAACAGGAGACCUCCUGCUAGAUACCGACAAGACUAAGGAGGGAGGACUGUGGUGUAUUGUGUGUACUAAUUAGUUAGAGGCAGAGUUACGAUGACAUGUAUAAGAUAGCUGUAGGGCAAUUGCAUUAUUAGAGUCUGUGUUUCACGUUCAACAAUAGUUCUGUGUGUCUAUAGCAAUAGAUCGUCAGUCUUCUGUGUUGUAGAAUCAGUGUGUGCGUAUAAGUACAAAUACAGCGCAGUAUUCCAACAUAAUUGCUAUUUUAGACAUGUCAUCUCUUUACCCUGUGUUGUAGUGUUGUGCGUGCGUACCUCCUAGAUGGCCAUUAUAAUAGAUUGUACUGUUGUUUCUCUUAUAAUCACUUUCCAUGUUACCACAUCUGGCAAGGAGGAUGCAUGGUACGUACAUUGGCAGAUUGCUGCAUUCG